GAGAGAACCACAACAAAGCGAGUUGCGUGGUGUGAGAUAUUUUCAACUAUUUAACCUCACCACACGAGUCAGACUCAAAAACACAGUUCUCUUUUAUAUAUUAAAAAAAGAUUUACUGAAAAACGCAGUGGAACGCCGUCCUUAUAUCGUUGUCAAGGUGCUGAAGAGAGAGCGGAGGAUGGAACCUGGUAAGAUUCCAGAACAGAACUGCGCAACAAUUCCAAAGCAGGUCCCUGGACUGGAACGUGUUCACAUUAAAGAGGAGGUCAAUGACCCUGAACUGGAAACUGAUCUGAUUGCUCGAGAUAUCAGUGAGAUCGGAUGUAUCCAUGUUAAAGAGGAGGCACCUGAACUGGAAUGCUAUUCUUUUGCAGAAGACGUCAGUGAGUUAGAAUCUGUCCAUGUGAUGGAGGUACCUGAGCCAGAGUCUGCCUGCAUUAAAGGAGAGAGGUCUGAGGACUUACAUGCUAAUGCUGAAAAGGAGGGAACUGAACUGGGAUCCAGUCAGAGGAAGCAUCAGCUGUCUAGCAAUAAACAGGAGUUAUCCAGUCAGAUAACAUUGGCGCAUGAAAGUGAUUCCUAUCCCUGUCCUCACGGCAAAAUCUCUUUCACUGGGAGUCAGCACUUUGAGAAGCACAUACAGGGUGCGCACCAAGACAAAGACCUUUCAGAGGAGACCCUGUAUUGCUGCGUUGAAUGCGGAGAGAGCUUCAGUUCGAUGGACACCCUUAAAAACCACGAGCGAGGUCACGCAGGAAAGACCCCGCAUCGCUGCGACGAUUGUGGGAAGAGUUUUAGCCGCUUGGGCCACCUUGUAAAACACCAGCGAAUUCACACAGGAGAGACGCCCUUUCACUGCACUGACUGCGGGAAGAGUUUCAAAGAGUCUGGCACGCUUAAGAAACACGGGCGAAUUCACACAGGAGAGACGCCGUAUCACUGCACUGUGUGUGGGAAGAAUUUCCGCGAGGCUGGCACUCUUAAAAUACACCAGCGAAUCCACACUGAAGAAACACCUUACCACUGCACUGAGUGUGGGAAGAGUUUCCGGGAGAUGGGGACCCUUAAAAAGCACCAACGCAUUCACACAGGCGAGACUCCCUAUCACUGUAACGAAUGUGGAAUGAGUUUCAAUCAGUCAGGAACCCUGAAAAAACACCAGCGAAUCCACAGUGGGGAGACCCCCUAUCACUGUAGCGAUUGUGGAAAGAAAUUUCGACAGACCGGGGAUCUUAAAAAACACCAGAGGAUUCACACGGGAGAGACGCCCUACCUCUGCACCGUUUGUGGGAGAAGUUUUCGGGAGUCGGGAACUCUGAAAAAACACCAGAGGGUUCACAGUUGAUACAGGAAUGGUUCAUCUGCUUCUUACCAGAGCACAAAAGGACACUGUGGCUUUGGAGAGAGUCCAGCUAUGAGCAGCCACACUAAUCCCAGGGCUUAAAGGAAUGAGCUGUGAAAAUUGGGAACUGAAUUUAUUUAGCAUAGCACGUAGAAGAGUUAGGAGGGGGCUUGAUUCAAGUAUUGAAAAUCCUAAAAGAAGUUGACAAAGCUAAACCUAACAAACACAGGAAUCAAGACCAGAGGACACUGUUAAGUGCAGACAGACUUUGAACACUUCUUUACAAAGAGUGGUGAGGGUAUGUUGAUGUUGAAUCAUUGGGAUCCUUUAAGACCCAACCUGACAAAGCAGGGAUGGAAAUAGGACUCCCAUUGCACAGCAGUUUGAUCCAUUCCUGGUUUAAUAAGACACACCUGAGCUUGUUAUCUGUAGACUGUGGCUAAUCAAGCUCCCAGUACAACCUGGAAUGGGUGAAACUGCUGUCCUAUUUCCAUCCCUGAAUAUGGAUUCUAAAGCCUUGGUUAGAACUAAGAUGCUAUGAUAGUUAUUGCGGGUUACUGCUAUCAUUACUUGUGAUGUGUUUUUCCCCUUCUUUGCUUAUGUGCAAAAGAUGAUUAUUGUAACCCAUUGUUUUGUGUCCCUGAGACAACAGCAAAUAAAUACUUCUGAAAUUGCAUACUUGUGUAAUAUAGUGCAAAUCCACAGACGUAUACAAAUGCAUGCAGAAGUUAACAUGAUGAACUUUUUACAUGUAGACGUGAUUAAACACACUUCAAAGUGCAGCUGUUACCUGCUGGUUGUUGUCCCCUUUCUCUUCACAUAGAAAAGCAAUUAAAAAAGAUGCUAUGCUUUAAGAAAAAAAAUGAAUCCAGUAAGAAUUGAACUCGGGUAAUUCAUCUGCCUGGCACCCCG